CUAGGGAAGGGCUGGGGAGGAGGGGGUGGUGACACAGUGGAGACACCGGCUAGGCCAGGGGGCCUGCCCUUGGGACAGGUCCAGACCCAUGGAGCCCCCCAGGAGGAGCAACAGGUCCACAGCGUCUCAUACUCUACACCAGUAUUGCUGUCCUACUCAGGUCCUUGACUCCAUGAAGCUUACCCCCUCAGGCAGGCUGGCAGAGAGCAGUGUGGAGGGUGAUGCCCCAGGCAGUGACCUGAGCACAGCGGUUGAUAGUCCUGGGAGCCAACCCCCCUACCGGCUGAGCCAGCUGCCCCCCUCCAGCAGCCACAUGGGGGGCCCCCCUGCUGGAGUGGGCCUUCCCUGGGCUCAGCGAGCACGCCUGCAGCCAGCCAGUGUCGCCCUGAGAAAGCAGGAGGAGGAGGAGAUAAAGCGCUCCAAGGCCCUAUCGGACAGCUAUGAACUCUCCACAGACCUGCAGGACAAGAAGGUGGAAAUGCUGGAGAGGAAGUAUGGGGGCUCCUUCCUGAGCCGCAGGGCUGCCAGGACCAUCCAGACAGCCUUCCGCCAGUACCGCAUGAACAAGAACUUUGAGCGGCUACGCAGCUCAGCCUCCGAAAGCCGCAUGUCCCGCCGCAUCAUCCUUUCCAACAUGCGGAUGCAGUUCUCCUUUGAGGAGUAUGAGAAGGCACAGAACCCCGCGUACUUCGAGGGCAAGCCUGCCUCGCUGGACGAGGGUGCCAUGGCUGGUGCCCGGAGCCACCGGCUUGAACGGGGGCUCCCGUAUGGAGGCUCCUGUGGUGGGGGCAUUGAUGGUGGUGGAAGCUCCGUCACCACAUCUGGAGAGUUUUCUAAUGACAUCACAGAGCUUGAGGACUCCUUCUCCAAACAGGUAAAGUCUCUGGCUGAAUCCAUCGAUGAAGCCCUGAACUGCCACCCGUCGGGACCCAUGUCUGAGGAGCCAGGGUCAGCCCAGCUGGAGAAGCGGGAGUCAAAGGAACAGCAAGAGGACAGCUCAGCCACAUCUUUCAGUGACCUUCCCCUCUACCUGGAUGACACAGUUACCCAACAAUCCCCUGAGCGACUGCCCAGCACAGAACCCCCACCCCAGGGCCGGCCCGAGUUCUGGGCACCAGCCCCUCUCCCGCCAGUUCCUCCACCAGUGCCAUCAGGAACCCGGGAAGAUGGUAGCCGAGAGGAAGGCACUCGCAGGGGCCCCGGGUGCUUGGAGUGCCGGGAUUUCCGGCUGCGGGCCGCCCACCUUCCCCUGCUUACUAUUGAGCCUCCUAGUGACAGCUCCGUGGACCUGAGUGACCGCUCAGAUCGCGGCUCUGUCCACCGCCAGCUGGUGUAUGAGGCUGAUGGCUGCAGCCCCCAUGGGACCCUGAAGCACAAGGGGCCACCAGGCAGGGCCCCGAUCCCACACCGCCACUACCCAGCCCCUGAGGGCCCAGCCCCAGCCCCACCAGGGCCCCUGCCCCCAGCCCCCAACAGUGGCACUGGGCCCAGUGGUGUGGCUGGGGGUCGGAGGUUGGGGAAGUGCGAGGCAGCAGGCGAGAACUCUGAUGGUGGCGAUAAUGAGAGCCUCGAGAGCUCCAGCAAUUCCAAUGAGACCAUCAACUGCAGCUCCGGCUCCUCUUCUCGGGACAGCCUGAGGGAGCCUCCGGCCACCGGCCUGUGCAAGCAGACUUACCAGCGGGAGACGAGGCACAGCUGGGACUCGCCAGCCUUCAACAAUGACGUGGUCCAGAGGCGGCACUACCGAAUCGGCCUCAACCUCUUCAACAAGAAGCCAGAGAAGGGUAUCCAGUAUCUGAUCGAGCGGGGCUUCCUGUCAGACACACCGGUGGGAGUGGCUCACUUCAUCCUGGAGCGGAAAGGCCUCAGCCGGCAGAUGAUAGGGGAAUUCCUAGGGAACCGGCAGAAGCAGUUCAACAGAGACGUGUUGGACUGUGUGGUGGAUGAGAUGGACUUCUCCUCCAUGGAUCUGGAUGAUGCACUCCGGAAGUUCCAGUCCCAUAUUCGGGUUCAGGGUGAGGCCCAGAAAGUGGAGCGACUCAUCGAAGCCUUCAGCCAGCGGUACUGUGUCUGUAACCCAGCCCUCGUGCGCCAAUUCCGGAACCCAGACACCAUUUUCAUCCUUGCUUUUGCCAUCAUCCUCCUCAAUACCGACAUGUACAGUCCCAGCGUCAAGGCUGAACGAAAGAUGAAACUAGAUGACUUCAUCAAGAACCUGAGAGGGGUUGACAAUGGUGAAGACAUCCCCAGAGACCUUCUGGUGGGCAUAUACCAGCGCAUCCAGGGGCGUGAACUGCGGACCAAUGAUGACCACGUGUCCCAGGUGCAGGCUGUGGAGCGCAUGAUUGUUGGAAAGAAACCGGUCCUGUCUCUUCCUCACCGUCGACUGGUUUGCUGCUGCCAGCUCUACGAGGUGCCAGAUCCAAACCGCCCCCAGAGGCUAGGGUUGCAUCAGCGGGAGGUCUUCCUCUUCAAUGAUCUCCUUGUGGUCACCAAAAUUUUCCAGAAGAAGAAGAUCUUGGUGACUUACAGCUUCCGUCAGUCUUUCCCACUCGUGGAAAUGCACAUGCAGCUCUUCCAGAAUUCAUAUUACCAGUUUGGGAUCAAGUUGCUGUCUGCAGUACCUGGCGGGGAGCGAAAAGUCCUCAUCAUCUUCAACGCCCCCAGCCUCCAGGACCGGCUGCGCUUCACAUCCGACCUGCGCGAGUCCAUUGCGGAAGUGCAGGAGAUGGAGAAAUACCGUGUGGAGUCGGAGCUGGAGAAGCAGAAAGGUAUGAUGCGGCCUAAUGCCUCACAGCCCGGAGGGGCCAAGGACUCAGUGAAUGGGACGAUGGCCCGCAGUAGCCUGGAGGACACUUACGGGGCAGGCGAUGGGCUCAAACGGGGCGCACUCAGCAGUUCCCUGCGAGACCUCUCUGAUGCAGGGGUCUGUUAUUAGCAGUCCACGCCCUCACCAGAGGAUGCCACCUCCGCCCCCA